AUGAUUGAACCCUUCCAGACCACCUUCGCGGUCCCCAUGACCUGCGAAGGCUGCGUGAAAGACAUUUCCAGGUCUCUCACUAAGCUAGACGGGAUCAACAAAGUCGAUGCUAGUCUGAAAGACCAGCUCGUAUUCAUCGAAGGCACAGCGCCGCCUAGUUCGAUCGUUUCCGCGAUUCAGGCUACGGGUCGUGAUGCAAUUCUACGGGGCAGUGGAUCCUCCAACAGUUCGGCGGUUUGCAUCCUGGAGACGCAUUCGAAAUCGGUCCCAAACAAGAUCCGUGGGUUGGCACGCAUGGUGCAGGUCUCGUCCAACAUGACGCUGGUGGAUCUGACUAUUAACGGAUUGGCGCCGGGCAAAUACUGGGCGACGGUGCGUGAGGCCGGAGAUAUUUCACAGGGAGCCGCGUCUACCGGGGGCAUCUGGGAGGCGCUGAAGAGCAGGGUGUUGGCGCCCAAGGAGCCGCGCGGCGUGUUUGGGACGGUGGAAGUGGACGAGAAGGGACGAGGCAAUGUGUUUCUGGACCGGCCGUUGGCGGUUUGGGAGAUGAUUGGCCGGAGUAUGGUUGUGUCGAAGAGUAAAGAGGGUCCGUUCCGACAGGAUGACCCCGAUACAUUGGUUGGUGUGAUUGCUCGAAGUGCGGGCGUGUGGGAUAAUGAUAAGAUGGUGUGUUCUUGCUCCGGGAAGAAUGUGUGGCAGGAGCGUCAGGAACAAGUGUCUCAGGGGAUGAUUUAG